UCUUCCCAAUAAUCUCUGCCCACAUUUCUACGUCGGAGCCACUCCGUGACUCUAUGCCCUCUCUGCGUUUUUUUCUGCGACCGUGUAAAUAAGCAGGAGCAGGACUCAGUCCCGCUCGUCGAGUGACGAAAAGCGGCUGUCGUCGUGAAGUGCCCUGGGACUUUAUAAGUGUGCCUUCUUGACGCCGGACAGCUCUGUGAAGGAGUUAUUUCCCACUCGUGGAAGAUGGGUUGCGUCCCGGUGAUAUUAGCUCUGGUUUUGGCCGUUGUGGUGCCAUCGUUGGCCGGAUACAUCGAGGCGCUGGCAGCCAACGCAGGCACCGGGUUUGCCAUGUCCGAGCCGCAGGUGGCCAUGUUCUGCGGCAAGCUCAACAUGCAUGUCAACAUCCAGACGGGCCGCUGGGAACCUGAUCCAUCCGGAACCAAGAGCUGCGUAGGUACCAAGGAGGCCGUGUUGCAUUACUGUCAGGAGAUGUAUCCUGAGCUCCAGAUCACCAAUGUGGUGGAGGCCAACCAGCCACUGCACAUCGACAACUGGUGCAAGAAGGAGAAGAAGGUGUGCAAGGGGCACGGCCACACUGUGGUGCCUUACAAAUGCCUCGUGGGUGAGUUUGUGAGUGACGUGCUGCUGGUUCCAGAGAAGUGCAAGUUCUUCCACAAGGAGCGAAUGGACCUGUGCGCUAGUCACCAACAGUGGCACGGCGUGGCCAAGGAGGCAUGCUCCAAAAGCUCGACGGUGCUGCACAGCUACGGCAUGCUGCUCCCAUGCGGCACCGAUAAGUUCCACGGCACAGAGUUCGUCUGCUGCCCGCCUUCCCGCACCGAGGAGUCGGCCGAUUCAGCCCCCGAGCAUGAGGAGGAGGAGGAAGACGUGGAGGAUGAGGAAAUCGAUGAGGCCAAGCUGGAUGAAGACGAGGACGCCCUUGAGAACAGCGAGGCUCCGGCUGUCGAGCAACCCACGCAGAAAGAGGAGCCGCUGGAUGAGGAGGACACAGAGGAAGACGUGGAUGAGGCAGAUGAAGAGGAUUACCACUAUGUCUACGAGGAUGAAGAGGCAGAUAACGAUGAAGAUCACAACCGAGACAGCAGCAGAAUGUCGGACAGCCGUGAGGACGAGGACAAGACUCUACAAGAAGUCAAAGCCGUGUGCACCCUGGAGGCGGAGACAGGGCCCUGCAGGGCCUCCAUGCCCCGCUGGCACUUCGACCUGAGCCAGAGAAAGUGUGUGCUCUUCAUCUACGGAGGCUGCGCGGGAAAUCGCAACAACUUUGACUCGGAGGAGUACUGCAUGGCCGUGUGCAAGCGACUCGCCACGCUCCCGACACCUCAGCCAGCCGACGACGUGGACAUCUACUUUGAGACGCCAGCAGAUGACAAGGAGCACAGUCGCUUCCAGAAGGCCAAGGAGCAGCUAGAGAUCAGGCACCGCAACCGCAUGGAGAGGGUGAGCCGGGGGAUGUACCACACCUCCACGCUCCCGACACCUCAGCCAGCCGACGACGUGGACAUCUACUUUGAGACGCCAGCAGAUGACAAGGAGCACAGUCGCUUCCAGAAGGCCAAGGAGCAGCUAGAGAUCAGGCACCGCAACCGCAUGGAGAGGGUGAGGAAGGAGUGGGAGGAGGCUGACCGCCAGGCCAAGAACCUGCCCAAGGCUGAGAGGCAAACUUUGGUCCAGGACGAAGAGGCAGAUAACGAUGAAGAUCACAACCGAGACAGCAGCAGAAUGUCGGACAGCCGUGAGGACGAGGACAAGACUCUACAAGAAGUCAAAGCCGUGUGCACCCUGGAGGCGGAGACAGGGCCCUGCAGGGCCUCCAUGCCCCGCUGGCACUUCGACCUGAGCCAGAGAAAGUGUGUGCUCUUCAUCUACGGAGGCUGCGCGGGAAAUCGCAACAACUUUGACUCGGAGGAGUACUGCAUGGCCGUGUGCAAGCGACUCGCCACGCUCCCGACACCUCAGCCAGCCGACGACGUGGACAUCUACUUUGAGACGCCAGCAGAUGACAAGGAGCACAGUCGCUUCCAGAAGGCCAAGGAGCAGCUAGAGAUCAGGCACCGCAACCGCAUGGAGAGGGUGAGGAAGGAGUGGGAGGAGGCUGACCGCCAGGCCAAGAACCUGCCCAAGGCUGAGAGGCAAACUUUGGUCCAGUGGCGGAGGGAGAAAGGAGAUCUGUCGUGUCCGGUCUGUCGUGCGGAGUUUGCCUCGAUGGACCCACCUUUGAACUUGGCACUGAAGAAUGUGUGCGAGGCCUUUUCGCAAGCCUCGGUGGGCCCCCAGGACCUCUGCGGGACGCACAAGGAGAAACUGAGACUCUACUGUUUGGACCACGAGGAGUCGGUGUGCCUCGUCUGCAGAGAUGCGAAAAUCCACGCCGGCCACAAGUUUUGUCCCCUCGAUGAAGCCGCGCAAGAUCGCAGAGGCCAAGUCCAGGAAGCCCUGCUGGGCGUGAAGAAAACCUUGCAGCAUUAUAUCAACCUGAGAGAGAACUACAACGAGCAAGCAGAGUACAUCCAAGUCCAAAGGGAGCGGAUUGAAAGAAAGAUUCAGAAGGAUUUUGAGGAGCUGCAUGCCUCUCUGCAGUUGGAGGAGGAGGCCAGAUUGUCUGCUUUGAGAGAGGAAGAGCGGCAGAAGAGUCGGAUGUUGAAGGAGAAAAUGGAGGCUCUCGGACGAGACAUCACCGCUCUCUCAGACACGAUCGCAACCACGGAGCAGCUGCUGACCUCUGACCCCCUUUCCUUCAUGAACAACUACCGGGGCACCAUGGCCAGAUUCCAGCAAGGGCCCGACGGGGCCCAGCUACCCAAAGGAGCGCUGCUGGACGAACCCAAACACGUGGGAAACCUCAAGUUCAACGUGUGGGAGCGAGUGAAGGACACGGUCCACUUCAGUCCCCUCAUUCUGGAUCCCAACACGGCCGGCCCGGAACUCACACUGUCUGAAGAUCUGACCGCUCUUCCUGUCUCUUUUCCGAUUUGUCAGGUGAUGACUCACCUGCAUGUGAUCGAAGAGAGGAUGAACCAGAGCCUAUCCCUGCUCUACAAGGUCCCCUACGUGGCCGAGGAGAUCCAGGAUGAAAUCGGUGAGCUGCUGCAGGAGCAGAAAGCCAACAUGGACCAAUUCCUGUCGUCCAUCUCCGAAUCCCAGCCCGACGUCACCGUGUCCUCGGAGGAGAACGUGGAGGUGCCCGUCGUGUCCGAGGGGAAACCCUACCGGCCCAUCCAGGUCACUUCUUUGGGAUCCCGCCCGGAGCCAGAAGGCGAUCUGUCCGACCCGCAGCGAGCCUUCAAGAAAGGCUCCGCCGUGUCCGGCUUAGACGGUCUGAUUGGCGCCGAGGAGAGAAUCAUCAACAGCAAGACCAAAAUGGGACCCAACGUGGUGAUUGAUGAGUCUCUGGAUGUUAAAGAAGUUGUUUACAGUGCAGAGAGACUCCACAUUUUGCAUGAUGAUGAGCUGGAGACCUACAGGCCCCUGGGCGAGGACUUCAGCUUCGGCAGCAGCGUUCUGAUCGGCCUGCUGGUGAUCGCGGUUGCCAUAGCGACGGUGAUCAUAAUCAGUCUGGUGCUGCUGCGGAAGAGGCAGUACGGCACCAUCAGACACGGCAUUGUGGAGGUGGACCCCAUGUUGACACCGGAGGAGCGCCACCUUAACAAGAUGCAGAACCACGGUUACGAGAACCCCACCUACAAAUACCUGGAGCAGAUGCAGAUCUGACCCUGCAGGGGGCGCCGCCACAGAGCCUACUGGCAUAUACUACUGACCAAUAAUUCCGUAAUAAGAUGAUGACCAUAACAAUGCUGUUGUUCCACUCAUUUGCAUACAUCCGAAACAACCCUCCUACUUGCUACUAUUGUAUCAUGGAGCUCCUUUUUCUUCUUUUUCUUUCUUUUUUUUUUUUUUUUUAUUGCAUAGUUGUUGAUUAUGAGGGGUUGUUUUGUCACCAUUUUCACUUGCUUGGAUAAAAGAUAUAUAACAUUUCUGACA